UUCCUUUCAUUACUGCUCCCCCCCCACCCCCGACACCAGUUCUCGCUAGAGCGGCGAGAAGCCCGCCCCUACGUCCUCUUGCUUCUCAUGCUCAUUGGCUGAGACGGUGAAGACGCGUCUCCAGGGCGAGUGGCAGCCAUUGGUGCGGGGGGCGAUCCGAGUUCCCGGAUGAGGGAACAUUCUGCAGUAUAAAGGGAGCGGGGAAGGCGGGAGACAGCGCAGUUUGAAUCGCGGUGCGCCAGAGCAGUAGCCGGCGGGAUCUCUGCCCGGGUGUUUGCUUGGUCCAUUCUCUGCCGUGAGCGUGUGUGCGAGAGAGCUUCACGCACAACUCAAAAUGGCUGGCGGGAAGGCUGGGAAGGACUCCGGAAAAGCGAAGACAAAGGCGGUUUCCCGCUCGCAGAGGGCUGGCUUGCAGGUCUUUUUUGUGCAUUCUUGUGCUUGUGUGUGUAUGUGUAUGUGUGUGUGUGUUUUUAAGUUCCCAGUCGGCCGUAUCCAUCGGCAUCUGAAGUCCAGGACAACGAGCCAUGGACGCGUGGGGGCCACUGCUGCCGUGUACAGUGCAGCCAUCCUGGAAUAUCUAACUGCAGAGGUUCUUGAGCUGGCAGGAAAUGCAUCAAAAGACUUGAAGGUGAAGCGCAUCACUCCUCGCCACUUGCAGCUUGCCAUUCGCGGGGAUGAAGAAUUGGACUCUCUUAUUAAGGCAACAAUUGCUGGUGGUGGUGUGAUUCCACACAUCCAUAAAUCUCUGAUUGGAAAGAAAGGACAACAGAAGACUGUUUAAAGGAUGCCUGGAUUCCAUGUUAUCUCAGGACUCUAAAUACUCUUAACAACUGUCCAGUGUUGGUGAUUUCCAGUGGACUGUAUCUCUGUGAAAACCACAAUUUUGCCUUUUUGUAAUUCUAUUUUGAUUAAGUUGGAAGCUUACUUAGCUUUCCAGCCAACCAAAUUUCUGCAUUGAAGUCUUAACCAUAUUUAAGUGUUACUGUGGCUUCAAAGAAGCUAUUGAUUCUGAAGUAGUGGGUUUUGAUUGAGUUGACUGUUUUUAAAAAUCUGUUUGGAUAUUAAUUGUGAUGCAGAAGUUAUAGUAACAAACAUUUGGUUUUGUACAGACUUUUAUUUCCACUCUGGUGGAUAAGUUCAAUAAAGGUCAUAUCCAAAACAA